AUGAGAUGGGCCAUGGAUAUAGUGGGACCGAUGACGCCAUUCGGAAAAAAACAUCACCAAUACUUGCUCGUAGUAACCGACUACUUCAUGAAAUGGGUAGAAGCCAAAGCCUACCCAAAAAUCGAAGCAGUCGAUGUAACCGACUUUAUCUGGACCGAAAUCCUUUGCAGACACGGGAUCCCGCACGAGAUUGUAACUGAUAAUGGGCCCCAGUUCACAUCGAGAUCCUUCAAAAGGUUCUAUAAGAAGUACAAAAUAAAAUUGACCCAUUCCACACCGCGAUACCCGCAAGGAAAUGGCCAAGCAGAAGCGACGAAACCGUCAUGA